AUGCUACGUUCGCCGGUACGUCGUAGCCCUCGAUUACAGCCAGAAAAUUCAACGCCAGCCGUCCAAACUACAACAAAGGUUACAGAACCAAGUGCCAAACCUGUGCCCGCACCAAAUACCAUAUUUGCAGCGAAACCAAAGAGCGCUCAGGUAACAAGUAGAGCACCUUCCAAGGCAGUGCAACUUAGCGCUCCAACGCGGACCACUUGUGUUGCCACCGUCGCCACCACUGCCACCGCCGCCGGCACUGCCACCGUCGCCGCCACUGCCACCGUCGCCGCCACUGCCACCGUCGCUGCCUCCACCGCCAUUGAAACAACCGUUACCACCGCUAUGUCAGCACCAACUACUACCAUUAACAAUAUAGUCAGCCCUGCCCAUCAGGUAAGCGAAAUUUAUACAACAAAUAAUAGUGCCUUUGCUAAAACUGAUCCGGGGAAGGUCGUGUGUGCCAGCACCACCCCAAUCAGUGUCGCACCUGCCAACGUCGCCCCAAUCAGCACCGCCUAUGCCAGCGCCCAAAUCCCCAAUGCCUCUGUCAGCGCCGACGUCACCAACGCCUCUGCCAACGUUGGUAUCGCCAACGCCACCUCGGUUAACUUUGCCGCGCCAACCACCAUGUCGUCAGGGGCUUCUCCCAGCGAUAUAUGUAAUAUGAACUUACUUUUGUCCAUGCAACAGCAAAUUUCUAGGUUAGAAGUUCAAUUACAAGAUGCACAAACUAAAAUUGCAGAAGGCGAGCGCCAACGUUUAAAUACAGUUUUACCGCAGUUGACGUUGCCAACUGCAGCACCGCCACAGCCAACGUUUACAAAUACAAGUGCAAAUAAUCGCUGCCAAAGUGUACCUCAAAAUUGUGCCGUUAUGUUUACCGGGACAUCAGGGGCUCCGUCAGCUACAGCCGUGCCGUUUAGCAUUAAUUCUGUAAUACAUAGUGGUGCUAUGACAUGUAACGGGCCAUUCAAUGGGCCGCCAAACACUACUGUUACGAAUUCGUCGUACAAUCGUGCGAUCGUACCAACUAUAUUCCAGUCACAACCUAUCGUUAAUCCACCCAUUACUUCGCAUGUUAGACAGCCGGUUCCGUGGGGUGCCGCAGCAAACUACGGUCCAUCAGCAUGGUCGCCAGCAGAACAGCACAACGAUGUACUAGCCGUCACCUCUGGGCCUGCCGCCACGCAACUUCAUGGUUCGUCAGCUACGUCGUCGAGUCCUGCAGUAUCAUUUAAUCAUUUGCAGUUACCACGAAAGAUGCUGGAUUUGCCACAAUUUUCCGGGCAGCCAGAGGAAUGGCCUAUAUUUUACGCGUCAUAUAUUGAGUCAAGUGCUGCUUACAACUACACAAAUUUCGAAAAUAAUCAACGUUUAAAUAAAUGCCUCAAGGGCGAGGCAAGAGAAGCGGUCAAGUCUUUGUUGAUACAUCCAAAUAAUGUCGGUGCGAUUAUAGAGCAGUUGUGUUGUAGGUUCGGUCGUCCUGAACAGCUAGUUCGUAGCCAACUUAAGGCGGUACGCGAUGUUCCCUGUAUUUCAGAAGCCGGUAUCUAUAAACUCAUUUCGUUUGCUACGAUUACGAAAAAUCUAACCGUGUUUUUGCAGUCAAUAGGGGAAGACAAGCAUUUAACGAAUCCGACAUUGUUAGAGGAAUUAAUUGCAAAAUUGCCCUUUAGUAAACGGUUAGACUGGGCAAAAUAUUCCGCUUCGAUUCACCCACAUCCUACUAUUGUUAAUUUUAGCAAUUGGUUAUCUGAGGUCGCAAGUUUUGUGCAAAUGGUUCAAGAUCACGAAGGUCGAGAGCCGAAGCGUCGGGCAGUGUUACACGCUGCGGGGGACCAACGCGUUUUAAAAUGCGUCUUAUGCCAAAACGAACAUAGGGUUUCAGGGUGCCGCCGCCUACUUGAAGCUACCGUAUCUGAACGAUGGAAAACGGUAAAACGUCUACGUCUGUGUUUCAGUUGUCUUCAACCUGGACAUGCAACUCGUAAUUGCCGCCGCCGUAAAGUCUGCCCAGUUGAAGGGUGCCCUCGGUAUCACAAUCAUUUGCUGCAUGAUGGUGAGGUAGGUGCUCUGGUCCCGUCUACUGCUGCCGCCGGGACACGAUCUGCCAACAGUUCCGUUCUCAACUGCUCCGCUCACACUCAUGGAAAUUUGUUGUUUCGGAUAGUCCCUGUGACACUGUACGGCCCAAAUAAACGCAUUGACACGUAUGCGCUCUUGGAUGAGGGUUCAUCGAUCACGAUGAUGGACGAUUCACUUGUGCAGGAACUAGGGUUAAAGGCUAAACCAAGCCGGGUGGAGAUCCAGUGGUUCGGAGGUAAAGCAGUUAGUGAAAUGGUGGCUAUCGUUAAUCUUUGCGUCAGCGGUCUGGGUAUGAAGAAGCGCCAUUUACUUCGUAACGUACACGGUGCCGCCGAUUUGAACCUUCCUUCACAAAGCCUUAGUAGAAGGGAUAUAUGCAACGCCACUAGUUUUAAAGGGAAGAUGCCUUUGCAGCCUUACGAAAACGCCAUUCCCAAACUUCUCAUCGGACUAGACCACUGCCACCUGGGAUUGCCUACCAAGCCACUGGUAGUAAAUCAAAACGGGCCGUACGCUGCAUUCACGGACUUGGGUUGUGUCGUGUUUGGACCUUCGUAUAACAUGCCACUAAGGAAGCCGUCGUGUCUUCACGUCAGUACAUCAGACCAUCAAAUGCGUGACAUGAUAGAAGAUUAUUUCAGCACGGAAUCUUUCGGAGUGAGAGCUGCGCCACCCUCUGAGAGUGCAGAUGAUGUACGAGCUAAACGAAUCCUUGAGGCAACAACGGUCAAGAUACUUCAUCGUUAUCAAACCGGCUUAUUGUGGAAGAACGACGUCGUCGAUUUGCCUGAAAGCUACAACAUGGCGCUAAAACGUUUGAUAAACAUCGAAAAGAGAAUCGCCCGGGACCAGGAGUUCGCUAAAGCUUACCGGGACAACAUAGAUAGCUACGUCAAGAAAAACUAUGCGCGUAAGUUGCAGCCUCACGAAGUCCUCGAAAGCAAUCCAAGGACGUGGUAUCUUCCUCAUUUUGCGGUAGCGAACCCACACAAACCGGACAAGUUCAGACUUGUGUUUGAUGCCGCAGCAAUGUCACAUGGAGUAUCAUUGAACUCCCAACUUCUCAAAGGGCCUCAAGAAUAUCGACCGUUGUUAUCUAUUUUAUUUCAUUUUCGACAGGAUGCCAUAGCCGUGUGUGCAGAUAUUCAGGAGAUGUUCCACCAGGUGGUGAUCCGGCCAGAAGAUCGAUAUGCCCAGAGGUUUCUGUGGCGCAAUUACGCAAGCCAGGAUCCACCCGACGUUUACGAAAUGACUGUGAUGACCUUUGGAGCAGCGUGCUCCCCAUGCUCAGCCCAUUAUGUUAAAGUGACAAAUGCCUUGGAACAUAGCGGCCACGAUCCACGGGCAAUUCGAGCCAUCACCGAUUAUCAUUACGUCGACGAUUAUGUUGAUAGCUUCCCUUCCGCCUCAGAAGCCAUAAGGAUAUCGCAGCAAGUGAAGGAUAUCCACAACGACGCAGGUUUCCAGUUGCGAAAGUUCAGAUCGAAUGCUCCGGAAGUCGUUACUGCUUUGGCCGGAGAGACGUCUAUGUUGCCAUUUAAGUCUAAGGAAAGUAUGGACAUCGGGAAAGUUUUGGGAAUGCUGUGGCAUCCGUCAAAUGAUCACUUCACCUACCGCUUAGAGUUUCACAAUGUCGAUGCGUCCAUUAUGAGAGGUGAGCGAGUACCCACAAAACGAAUAUUAUUGAGUAUCAUCAUGUCUAUAUUCGACCCGCUGGGAUUCCUGUGUCAUUUCACAAUAACAGCCAAGUUGAUGAUGCGCGAAAUGUGGAAACGAAACUUAGGUUGGGACGAGCCAGUUACGGGAGAAAUAAACGCAAUGUGGAAUCACUUUCGGAAGCAGCUGCUCAAUGUUGGGGAUUGUCAAGUACCGCGCCAUUAUUUCCGGAUGGGAAUGCCGGAGUCCCUGCAAUUACACAUAUUUGUCGAUGCCAGUGAAGAUGCAUUUGGAGCAGUAGCGUACUGGAGAGCGGAGAAUUCAGCCGGCGAUGUAGAGGUUUCCUUAGUACUGGCCAAGACAAGAAGCGCACCCCUUAAGCUGCUAACCAUUCCGCGUUUAGAAUUACAAGCCGCAUUGCUGGGGUCGCGAAUGAUGACAACCAUAGCGGGGGAACAUACUGUACGCUUCGAUCGAUACAUCCUUUGGAGUGACUCGAGAACGGUGCUCAAGUGGAUAUCGAGUAAGCAUUGCCGCUAUAAGCCGUGUGAAGCACAUAGAAUAGCCGAAAUCCUCAAUGUUUCGAAGCCGUCGGAUUGGAGAUGGGUGCCAACAAAGCAUAAUAUUGCGGACGAGGCGACGAGAGUAAACCGAGACGUGAAUUUAAGUCCAUCUUCCCGCUGGUUUACAGGACCUGCAUUUUUAUAUUCAAGCGAGCAGUUUUGGCCAACUGAUAACGUAACCUCUGACCUUUCUAGCGACCAGGAAGAGCUUCGCCCAAAAUACGCACUUAUAAUAACUAAACAAUCGUUAAUAAACUUUGACAGAUUUUCAGCGUUCAACACAGUUUGUAGAGUAAUCGCCUGGGUAAUUCGGUUCAUAAACAACUGCAAGCCAAAGAAAAGAAGGACAACUAUUGCGACAGAUUACGGAUUAACUGCUGUGGAGAUUGACUCAGCUGAACGCCUACUGUGUCGACACGUUCAGCGGGAACAAUUUGGUACUGAAAUGAACAGACUGGGAAAGGGACUCGCCGUGCGAAAGGAUAGCCCUUUGUACACACUCACGCCGUACAUUGACGAUGAAGGAACUCUGCGUGCCUGUGGUCGUCUGGACGCGAUCGGAUGGCUGCCAUAUGAGACGAAGCGCCCAAUUAUUUUACCACCCUUACAUGCAUUCACUAAGCUUCUAGUAGCUCAUGAACAUAGUAGAAUGAUGCACCAAAAUACAGAGGCCACAAUAAGCAUAAUACGGCGGAAGUACUGGAUUCCCAAUUUAAGGAACUGUUUACGCGGUAUCAUCAGUAGCUGUAAUGUAUGCAGGAUAAGAAAGGCGCGACCUGUUACGCCGAAGAUGGGGCUGUUGCCAGAAGACCGUGCGACACCUUAUGCGCGGCCAUUCACAUAUACUGGACUUGAUUACUUUGGCCCGGUAAACGUGACCAUAGGACGGCGAACAGAAAAGCGGUGGGUAGCACUAUUUACGUGCCUAACCACAAGGGCCAUACAUUUGGAGCUUGCGUAUGAUCUUUCAACCGAUGCAUGUAUUAUAGCGAUCAGGAACUUCAUGAAUCGAAGAGGUGUGCCAAAGAGGAUUCGGUCGGAUAACGGCAAGAAUUUCGUUGGCGUGGCUGGUGAGUUGAGGCGGGUGUCUGAUGUGUUUGACUGCUGCGCAUUGCAAAGCGAAUUGUCAAACAAAGGCGUUGAGUGGGUUUUUAAUUGCCCGGAGAAUCCCUCUGAGGGAGGAGUUUGGGAACGGAUGGUGCAAUGUGUGAAGAAGGUGCUGAACCAUACGAUGAAAGAGAUAAGCCCAAAGGAACAUACAUUUAACAGCUUGCUGGUUGAGGCAGAAAAUAUAGUAAAUUCGCGUCCGCUGACUCAUUUGCCUGUGGCGCCAGAUCAAGAAGAACCCCUGACGCCGAACCAUUUCCUGUUGGGUAGCGCGAACACAGCACAAACGCCAAGUUGCACCGAUCCUCCCGAGAAGUUUUGUUCACUACGGAAACAGUGGCGCAUAGCUAGGCAGAUGCGAGAUCGGUUUUGGAAACGAUGGGUGGAAGAAUAUCUACCAACGCUGACACGUCGGGUGAAGUGGUGUUUGCCCACAACGCCACUGGAGGAAGGAGAUCUUGUAUUUAUUUGUGAUAUGAGGCAGCCUAGAAAAGAGUGGCGGCGCGGUCGGAUAGAAAGAGUCUUCCCCGGUAAGGAUGGGCAGGUUCGUCGGGCAGAUGUGUUAACCUCUACCGGAAUAGUCAGGCGUCCUGCAUCCAAGCUGGCGAAACUGGACGUAGCUGUUUGUGAAUCUGGCUCGAUUCACGGGGGCGGGGAUGUGGAUGAUUAG